AUGGCCCUGACGUGGGACGGUGACAGCCCAGGACCAGCCAGGCAGGGCCUCUGGGAGCUGGGGCGGGUUGGGGGGUGUCUGCUUGGAGACCCCACCUGGGCCACUGAUGCUGAUGGAAGACGCCAGACUGCAAGGCAGAGAGGCGUGAAGCUCGACACCCCUCCGCGGUUCACACAAGGCGUCUUCAGACAUCUGCUUUCAAACCCAUCUACUUAUGCAGCCACGACUUCUCAAGCAUUUCCAGCUGGACCCGCGCUGUGUACCAAGGACAGAAUGGUGAACGGUGGGCACUGCUUUGUCCUCUCGGAGAGUCCGGUCCUGAAAAUUCCGCAGCUGGUCGUGCUUGGGAAGGGCGGGCAGUGGACAAAGAAGGGUGCCUCCGUGGUGGACGCCGCCUGCGUGUCCAGGCAGCCGGGGUCCCGCCACCUGCUCGGAUCCUGCCUGGGGCAGCUGCGGCAGGCGUGGGCUCACCCGGUGGAGGCGACUUCACGCUGCCGCGGGGACGGAGCCUCAGGGCCUGAGAAGACUGGAUCCUCACCCAGUGCCCACUUGGGCACUGUCUUCUUAAUCCUACAGGGUGGCGUGGGCAUUAUCCCCGUUUUACAGAGGAGGAAACGGAGACAGGGAGAGCGGCACCAGUCGGCCUCGAAGGCCCUUUCCAGCUUCUCCCAUCCUCCCAAGCAUCACCCACCGGACCCCGGAGGGCUCCCGAAGUCCGCUGCCACCGGACAGCCCCGCGCCCACGCCUCCUCUCCCUGGGGGCCGUCCUGCCACCCCGACGGGAUGCCCGCAGCCAUGCUCCCCUACGCUUGCGUCCUGGUGCUUUUGGGAGCCUCACCGGCCAGCACCUGCCUCACCUCCAGGCUCUUCCUGGGCCCCGUGUGGGCCCAGGUGAACGGAGGGAGCCCGGAGGCCCUCGGCUGGAGGCCGGGUCUGGAGGAGGCGGUGCCGGGUUUCAUCCGGGGCCGCCCAACCGCCCCAGCCAAAGCUCAAGAGGGCCCCCUUGUGGAAACUCCCGAGAACAGCCCCGCCCCCGCGCCCCCCGACCCACUUCAGCCACAGGCGUGGUGGGACGAAGCGCCCUGGGAAGGCCUGUUGCAGGAGCAGGGCUGGCGGGUCGAGGCGGCCGCCCCUGAGCGCAGCCUGUCGCUCCUCCUCCCUGAGGCCUCCAAGCCCUCCCCUGGCCCCGCUGCUGGCUUCACGCCUCAGCCUGACCCCACCACACGCAUCCUGAGUGAGCACCACGCCCACACUGCAGAGGCAGCCGGGAUGGCAGAGGGUAGCCGCCUGCGCUGGGGACCACACUGCCAGCAGCUCCUGCCCAGCAGAGCGCCCGUCACCGCACUGCUGCCCCCACGCCUGGACGGGCCCUGGAUCUCCACUGGCUGCGAGGUGCGCCCGGGACCCGAGUUCCUCACCCGCUCCUACACCUUCUAUCCCAGCCGCCUCUUCCGCGCCUACCAGUUUUACUACAGGGACCCCUCGUGCCGGGAGCCCGCCCACUCACUGCUCAUCAAGGGCAAGGUGCGCCUGCGCCGGGCCUCCUGGGUCACCCGGGGCGCCACCGAGGCCGACUACCACCUGCACAAGGUGGGCGUCGUCUUCCACAGCCGCAGCGCCCUGCUCGACGUGGCCGGGCGCCUGGACCAGAGCCGGGCCGGCCGGGCCUGCGCGCGCCGCCUGCCCGCCGCCCAGGCCUGGCUGCCGGGGGCCCUGUACGAGCUUCUGGGCGCCGGGGCUGAGCGGGACUGCGCGGCCGCCCUGGGCUUCACCAUGCACGAGCUCAGCCUGGUCCGCGUGCAGCGCCGCCUGCAGCCCGAGCCCCGGGACGCGCCCCGGCUGGUGGAGGAGCUCUACCUGGGGGACAUCCACACCGACCGGGCCGAGAGGCGGCACUACCGGCCCACCGGCUACCAGCGCCCGCUGCAGAGCGCCCUGCACCACGCCCGCCCCUGCCCGGCCUGCAGCCUCAUCGCCCACUCCGACGAGCACCACCCGCCCGUGCUGCCCCGCCAGGCGGCCCUGCCCCUGCGCCUGGGCGGCCGCUGGGUCAGCCCCGGGUGCGAGGUGCGCCCUGCCGUGCUCUUCCUCACCAGGGUGUUCACCUUCCACGGGCACAACCGCUCCUGGGAAGGGUAUUACCACCACUUCUCGGACCCCACCUGCCGGCAGCCCACCUUCACCGUUUACGCAGCCGGCCGCUACACCAAGGGCACGCCGUCUGCCAGGGUUCGUGGCGGCACCGAGCUGGUGUUCCAGGUCACGCGAGCCCGCGUCACCCCCAUGGACCGGGUCACCACGGCCAUGCUCAACUUCUCCGAGCCGAGCAGCUGUGGCGGCCCGGGGGCCUGGUACCUGGGAGCCGAGCGGGACGUCACGGCCACCAACGGGUGCCUGCCGCUGGGCAUCAGGCUCCCCCACGUGGAGUACGAGCUCUUCAAGAUGGAGGAGGACCCCCUCGGGCAAAGCCUGCUCUUCAUUGGACAAAGGCCCACUGACGGCUCCAGUCCCGACACCCCGGAGAAGAGGCCCACAUCCUACCAAGCACCCCUGGUGCUCUGUGACAGGGUGGCCUGGGGCUGCUCCAGGCCUCCGCAGCACAGGCCUCUGCUGCAGACGCCCGUCAGCGGUGGGGGGCUGGGCCCCCCAGCGGCCCCUCUCCCCUUCCUGCUCCUGGUUCUCAGGCUGGCCUUCCUCCAGUGGCUAUGA